CUGACAGGCUGGAGCAGUUUUCAUCUUAGUUAUUAAAGACUUCUCUACAGGAAAUUUCUACAUUUUACCAGAAAAUGUUUUGCCAAUUAGUUUUUUGCUGUUUGUGCUUUGGGAAUCUGGUUGUGUUUGGUAACUCAGACGCAGUAAAAGUUGUGCAAGUGACGGAAGGUGAUACUGUCACUCUACAGACUAAUGUUACUCAACUACUGGAAAAAGAUCUGAUAUCAUGGACAUUUGGAGAUCCUAAGAGUUGUAUAGCUGAAAUCAAUAAAGAGGCUGGAAACUUCUCCAUAUAUGAUCAUGUUCCUGAUGGGAGAUUCAGAAAAAGACUGAAGCUGGAUCAUCAGACUGGAUCUCUGAACAUCACAAACAGCAAAACCACAGACUCUGGGCUUUAUGAAAUGACAAUCAAGAGCAAGAAAGACAACACAUACAGAUUCAGUGUUACUGUCUAUGCUCAUCUGCCUGUUCCUGUCAUCAGCAGCGAGUCUUCACAAUGUUCUUCAUUAUCAAUAUGUUCAUUGGACUGUUCAUCUGAGAUUGUGGGUCAUGGGUCUCUCUCCUGGUACAAAAAAAACCUAUUGUGGUCCAGUAUCAGUGUGUCUGAUCUCAGCAUCAAUCUCUCUCUACCUCUGGUGGUGCAAUAUCAGGAUAAAACCCCCUACAGCUGUGUGCUCAAAAAUCCCAUCAGCAACCAGACCACACAUCUCAACUUCACUCAACUCUGUGGGACAUGUGCAGUCACUUCUUCAGGAGGCCACGCCCAUUAUUGUGAUUUUAUAGAAGCUGUCCUCCAAUUGGUCGUCACUGUUCUGAUGGGAGUGGCUGCUGUGAAUGCUAUCGUUGGUCAAUGACGUCAGAUCGACAAG